GUUUAGUCAACUGUUGUGCACAUAGACACACUCUGAAUAGAAGGAAUAGAGAAGUUAGACAUUUGUGCCACCAACAAGAUUGUCUCUACAACGUUUUCACAGGAUAUUUUAGAGAAAAACAUAAGAUAACAUCGAAGCUGAUAAACAAUGUCAGAUCACAUGCUGGAGGAGGUAUUCAUAAAACGCUCUCAGCAAAAGAAGAAAACUUCACCCUUAAACUUCAAAGAAAGAUUGUUUGUACUUACACAGGAAAAGAUUGCAUACUAUGACUACGAAAAGGGGAAAAAAAAAGCAUUAAAAGGAUUUGUUGACAUUGACAAGAUUAAAUGUGUUGAGAUUGUGGCACCAGAAGAAAAUGCUCCACCUGAACGAUUGUUCCCAUUUCAGAUAGUCUAUGAUGAGGGACCACUCUACAUAUUUGCCAGAACAGAUGACAUACGAAAGCAAUGGAUACAUAAACUUAAGCAUGUGGUGCGAUUCAACAAAGACCUAAUGCAAAAAUACCACCCCUGUUUUUGGGAGGACGGAGUGUGGAAAUGUUGCCAGCAAGAAGUCAAGCAGGCUGUGGGCUGUAAGGUGCUGGAAAUGAGAAAUGGAGGAUUUUCUCUAGGGUCACGACGUAAAUCUAGAAAGCCUCUCCCACCUACACCUGAAGAGGAAAAGCCCUCUCCUUCUUUGCCUCAAGAGCCUUUAAAGCAGCAUGGCUUCCAAGUGGGUAUGACGGUCAUUGCUGAAUAUGAGUAUACUCCCAUGGCACCACAAGACCUGGAGUUGAAGAAGGAUGAUGAAUACACAAUUUUGCAGAUAUGUGAUGCCAACUGGUUUAGAGCCCGAGAUAAACAUGGGAAAGAGGGACAUAUACCAAGUAACUAUGUCAUUAGGGCCUUAAAUGGAUUGGAGAAGUUUGAAUGGUAUUGCAAAAACAUGAACCGCAGUCAAGCUGAAAAUUUACUUAAGAUUGAGAAUAAAGAUGGUGGGUUUCUGGUACGAGACUCGGGAAGAUACACUGGAAAAUAUACUGUCUCUGUUUUCACCAAGGGUAUUGGAGAAGAGAGGCAGGUUGGCAGCUGCAGACACUACAACAUCUUAACCACACAACAAGGAGAGUUUUACCUGGCAGAGAAGCAUUAUUUCAGUAAUAUUCCUGACCUCAUCAAUUACCACCAGCACAAUGCUGCAGGACUUGUCAGCAGACUUAAGUACAUUGUAUCAAAUCGAGCUCAGAAUGCUCCAUCUACUGCAGGUCUGGGUUAUGGCGUCUGGGAGAUUGAUCCUCGACAACUCACAUUUAUUAAAGAGUUAGGUAAUGGACAAUUUGGGGUUGUUAAGUAUGGAAAGUGGCAGGGUCGACAUGAUGUAGCUAUCAAAAUGAUCAAAGAAGGUUCAAUGUCAGAAGAUGACUUCAUUGAAGAGGCUAAAGUCAUGAUGAAACUUCACCAUGAAAAUCUAGUACAGCUGUAUGGUGUUUGCACAAAACAAAGACCUAUUUACAUUGUAACGGAGUUUCUUCCCAAUGGAUGUCUACUGACCUACCUACGGGAAUCCCUGAGACACCCAUCUGCCGUUCAGCUCCUUGAGAUGUGUAAAGAUGUGAGCGAGGGAAUGGCCUACCUUGAAUCUGAACAGUAUAUUCACAGAGACCUUGCUGCCAGAAAUUGUUUGGUGGAUUCGAAUGGGACUGUUAAAGUGACUGAUUUUGGAUUGUCACGUUAUGUCCUUAAUGAUGAAUAUACUAGCUCUGCUGGCUCACAGUUCCCUGUACGGUGGUCACCUCCUGAAGUACUUCUUUACCACAAAUUCAGCAGCAAGUCAGAUAUCUGGGCAUUUGGUAUUUUGAUGUGGGAGGUCUACACACUAGGUAGAAUGCCAUAUGAACGUCUAAAUAAUACUGAAAUAGUCCAUGAAGUUUCUGGUGGCUAUAGACUAUAUCGACCUCAGAUGGCCAAUGACAAAAUCUACUCCAUAAUGACCAAAUGUUGGCAUGAGAAGCCAGAAGAACGGCCCACAUUUCAGGAUCUUGUAAUGGUCAUUCAGGAUUUGCUUGACAAUCUGCACUAGAUCAGAUCUGCUGACAGCAAAGAUCUGCGAAAAAGGAUGAAGAUGUUGUCAUAAACUGCAGCUACAUUUAAGAUUAGUUAACAUAAAAAGAUUAUUUAUGAUUUUAUGUAAGUUUCAAUAUAAAUGUUUUUUUCUAUCAUGCUUCUAAUUUUUACACUCUCAGUUUGAAAGGUUUACUGUGUAAAAUUUACUCAGCUUUCAAAGUCAGUUAUCAGGCCUGUAUUUUAUUACAUGAUUGUUCCUACAAAUUCAAAAUAAAAUGUAUUUUGCUCGCUUCGCACUGCAAGAGAUGAAUAGGGAAUAGUUUACCCUUGCUUACACAGCUACCUGUGUAAGGUUUCCUGGAAUUUGUUGUCGAGAAAGGUUUACUAGGUUAUGUGAAUAUGUGAUAGAAGUCAGUCAAUGCCAUAAAUGCCAGAUCAAUGAAAAAGAUCAUUUAAAUGUUCAUGUGUAUAAGAAAUGACAACAUAGCCUUUAAUUGACAAUAACUGUGUAAACCGAUUAUCCAGUAACAUAGAAACACAGAGAAAAUUAAGAAUAACUGAUCUUUCGUGAUUUGUACUUUUAUUGGGCUUAGUCUGUUCACAUAGUUUCUCCUCCAUUUUGUGAAAUAUUAAUAUGAGUAAGUAAUCCACCUCAUUUAUGCUGAUUACACAUGCUACUGCAUUUUACAUGCACUUUCUCAGUAUAGACAUAGUUUGCCAGGAGAAGGGAGGGAGGUUGAUACAGUAAAACAUUUAAAUGGACAUUGAAUCCAAAAUAGGUUUAAUGAAAAUAUUUUUGUACAUAGAUUAAAGCUGGAAAAAAUA